UGGUCUGGCCACAGGGGCAGGAGCCUUUAAAAGAGGCUGGAUCUGCAGCAGUGCAGCUCGGAUCCACACCAGGAGUUGUUGUGCGUCACGGUGGAAAAACUCUUUUGGAUAUUUUGUUAGUUAUUUUUUAUUCCGGUUCACUCUCCACUCGGUGAUCGUCUCGCGCACGCUGGAGUAAUCGGGGAGUUUGACAGCCACGGUCUCCGCUGGUGACGGUUACGCACAGGCGGGCAGCCACCUCUGUGCGUCCGGAGGAGAGGAGGCCACCAUGCUCUUCCCCUCGGAGAGCUCCUGCAACAUCACGGGCAGAAACUGCACGGAGGGGUUCAACUUGACGCAGCAGCUGGAGGCCGGUGCCGCCGGUGCCGCCGCCGCUGCUGGGAACAUCAGCGGGAGGAGAAACGCCACCGACCCGUUUGGACGGAACGAGGAGGUGGCCAAGAUCGAAAUCACCGUCCUGAGCCUUGCGUUUCUCGCGGCCGUGGUGGGGAACGUGAGCGUGCUGCUGGCCAUGUACAAAACCCGGAGGAAACCGUCGCGCAUGCACCUGUUCAUGAAGCACCUGAGUCUCGCGGACCUGGUGGUGGCCUUCUUCCAGGUGCUGCCGCAGCUCUGCUGGGAGAUCACCUUCCGCUUCUACGGGCCGGACUUUUUGUGCCGCAUCGUGAAGCACCUGCAGGUGCUGGGCAUGUUCGCCUCCACCUACAUGAUGGUGAUGAUGACCCUGGACCGCUACAUCGCCAUCUGCCACCCGCUGCAGACUCUCCAGCAGCCCACGCAGCGCGCGUACAUCAUGAUCGGCUCCACCUGGGCGUGCAGCCUGGUCCUCAGCACCCCGCAGUACUUCAUCUUCUCCCUGAGCGAGGUGCACCCCGGCUCGGCCGUCUACGACUGCUGGGGACACUUCAUGGAGCCGUGGGGGCUGCGCGCGUACAUCACCUGGUUCACGGCCGGGAUCUUCCUCGUGCCAGUGGUCGUGCUCGUGCUGUGCUACGGAUUCAUCUGCCGCACGAUCUGGAGGAACCUCAAACACAAGACCCGGAGGAAGAGCGUGGGCGCGGUGGCAGAGGCCACCAAGGACGGGAUCCUGGGCAGGAACUCGGUCAGCAGCGUCAGCACCAUCUCCCGCGCCAAAUUACGCACGGUGAAGAUGACUUUCGUGAUCGUGGUGGCGUACGUGGUGUGCUGGGCGCCGUUCUUCACCGUGCAGAUGUGGUCAGUGUGGGACGAGACCUUCUCUUGGGACGACUCUGAGAGCACCACCGUGACGCUCUCCGCCCUGCUGGCCAGCCUCAACAGCUGCUGCAACCCCUGGAUCUACAUGAUCUUCAGCGGCCACCUCCUCUCGGACUUCGCCGGCAGCCUGCCGUGCUGCCGCCGGCUGAGGAACAAGUUCGGCCAACCCCAGGACUCGGACAGCAGCUUCCGCCGGACCACGCUGCUGUCCCGCCUGCAGGGGCCGCGCCUUUCCGAUCCGUUCAGAGACCUGAACCACAUCCCUAAAAACUGUCCGCAGGUCCCGUCUGCAUCCUGACCGCCGGGCACACCGCCUUUAUGUGUGUGCAUCUGCUUGGCUAAGACUGCACGGGAAACAUGAACUGGUUUAAUCUGCUGGUUUCUAGCAGUGGAAGAAGGUGUGAUCUCACCUGAGGGUGCGGUCACACCCACAGUUUCUCCUCUUUGGUCCGAUCCGGAGUGGAAAAGUUUACUGCGUGGUUGUUUUUGAUGUCGGGUCUGUUAAGGUUCACACUGCUGUUAGAAACAGAGUUUUAACAACUCUUCAGUCUGUCAGGUUAAACUUCAGCUGUUAGCAUGGUGGUCUUGUCUGUGCUCUUUGCUGUAAUUAAAUGUCAAAACAUAUGAAAAAUGGCUGAUUAUGAGCAUCUGCUGACUCUCAUAUGUCAACAUACAUACAUGUCUUUAAGGGGGUUGUUUCCUGUAGAUAUUAAGAUUACAGUCUGACUCCUAGAAGAGGAAACAGACCAUCAGCUGUUCGAGUGGCGGCGCUCCACAAACCGGGGCUACAGGAGUAAAUAAAAACUUUACAGUGAGAAUAAACUCUCCCAUAUCUGGUCUGAAUGCACCAAAAUGUGAUGUUGUGUACGAACUACAGUAAGCAUGCCUGUGGAAAAACAUUUAAUGAACAAUUCUGUGUAUGUGCUUGGAGAUGUGUUAUGAAUUUUAAUGUGUGAGGCAAGUUUACAAAGUUAACGUUUAAGAGAUUUAAAGGAUGAUUCCCGUGUUACUUUACUGUAAUCUCAUUCAUCUGCAAACCCCAUGUGUUGUUCAUCCUGCCACUGCUUCCAACUGAAAACAUAAUGCAAAAAAAAAAAAAAAAAGACUUCACAAAUAUGUAGUUUCACUUUUCAAAAAAGCUCAGUAAAGCUGGUCACUGUAGUUUUUAACAAACAGUAGGAAACAGAGGUAGAAAUAGAGUUGGGGACUAUUUUCUGUGGCGGAUUAAUCCACAUUUGGUGCUCGCGUGAGUAUUUGUGGCAUCAAAAUGGUGUGUGUGUGUGUGUGUGUGUGUGUGUGUCUCGACUGAGUCAGAAUAAACUACAGUGUGUGUGUUCGUGUUAAUGAAGGAACAUGUCACUGAGCUCUAUGGCUCGGAGGAAUAAGACACUUCAGGCUUUGGAUACUUCAAACAAUUAAGUGUUUUCACAGUAAGAUAAAUGUAGAAUAUCAUCAGCUAAACUGUAAAGUUAUUUUCUUGAAAUAAUCCCUUGUAUUUUUUGACAUAAGGUGAUGAGUUAUUCACUGUUGGAGCCAUCGACAUGAGUCCUCUAACUCCUGCUCUGGUGGUUUUAGCAGCACUUCAGUGUGAUUCAGCAGGUGAAACACGCCUCAAAUGAGCUGAUGUAGGAUGUAAAACUGCACCUGAGUAACCUCCCUUCAUUAUCUCUAAAGAUGCCAGACAAACAUCCGACGAAAACAAUACUCUUAAACCUGCAAUAACUAAUUUUGUCGUCACCUUUCAGGCUGGUGUGGUGAACGUGUGAGCAAACAGCCGGUUAUUUCCACAUCCAGCUGCCACAGAGUGAGGUGAUCGCUCGUGUGUGGCGUGGCGUUUGUGUCACCUGAUGAAUCUAAACCCAGUACUUCAUCUCUUUUUUAGCUCUGUGUUUGGUCUCCACCAGCUCCUGAGGGAAAUAUCUGGCUCGUUAUGAGAGCGGUGAGAGUGAUUUGAAUAAUGUUUAACAUAAAAACAAUCCUCCCAAGAUCGCAGCUCGUUUACUGUUGUUCAUGUCCGUCGACCGGACCGGACCGGACCGGGUCUCUGCUUUACAGGACCGACCGUCACUAACUGAUAUUGUCUUAUGUCAAACUAUCCAAAUACAUUUCUUUACAUUUGCAGCAUCACACACACAUACACAUACAUGUCACUCCACGUGUGAAAGGUACUAAAGGUACUCGGGUUAUAUAGGAGUUAUUUUCAAUAGUUUCUCUGCCAGUUAAUUUUUCUCAAUUGUUAUUGAUUAAUUGUUUCAUCUUAAAAAAAAAUGUACAUCAAUCCAACACGUUCAUUUUAGGUCCAAACGCCACAGAAAUAUUCCGUUUACUUUCAUAAAAUAUGAUGCAUUAUAACAGAUUACACUGCAAAAAGUAUGUUUUAGGAACACUUUGAUCAUAUCAAAUUUAAGUUUAUAAAUAUAUUAUAAAUAUUACACUGUGUACUUUUACUUUUGAUACUUAAAGUAUGUUUUGCUGCUAAUUCUUCUGUACCUUUGAGUAAUAUUUUUGAUGUGGGACUUGUGUAAUUGAGUAUUUUUUAUAAUGCAGUACUGUUAAUUUUACUUCUUCCAACAUAAGACAAAAGAAAAAACUGGAACAUCAGAAAUUUGUGUCAUUUAAAAAAAAAAAAAAAAAACACAACUUUAACAAUUAAAGUCUUAUCAGAAUUGUUGCGGAUUAAUUUCCGGUCCAUCCACCAGAUUAAUCACCUCUGAAAGGUGCGCGACCUCCUCAAUAUACCCUGUUAGAUUUGAAACGAAGUAAAUGAAGUAAUUUGAAACUUAAUUAUUUUUACAGCCACACUAAAGUCAUGUGAGCUCACUCAGUCACUUCCACUGUUAAAUGGAUGAGAGUGAUGAAGAUAACAAAUGUAAUGUACGUUAACGAUGAUUAAAACUGCACUGCGUUUUAAUUUAGACUAUAUUACACACACACACACACACACACACACACACACACUUGUACUGCUCUGCAUUGGGGUCUGUGAUAGAUGUUGUUGUUGUUGGUGUAAAGACGUUUUAUUAAUGUAAUGUAUUGUGUCAUCUGUAUAUUGUUGGAUUAUAUAUAUUGCACAUGUUGUAAAGAAAGAUAAAUGUUAAUUCCUUGUAUCCUCAUAUGACGUCUGACUAUUUUCUUCUUCUCUCUGACUGCACAGAAACACGUCACACAGGUAACAGGAGGUUUACAGGUGACGUGACACAGCUGCUCUG